CUACAAUAAACCACUACAACAAAUUUAUCCUUCUCAGUACGCCUAAUAGAAUCAUCAAAUCGCACAGAGCAAAUUCAUACUAUUCAUCAAUAACCCUUAUCUCUGUAUUCAACAGAUCACACGCGCCCGUCGCAAAAUACCCAACAAUGACUACCUCGACUCCACCUCAACCACCCUCCUCACCCUUUGACGCCGCAACCGCCUUUUCCUCACAAAGCUGCUUCCACCAGAGCAUAACCCUCCCAGCAACUGCGGACCAUGAAGCUUUGAAAGUAACCUACGCAACAACCACAAAUUUCUCCAAUGAAGGACUACCAACCAUUUUAUUCUGCCACCCCAUGGGAGCAGCCCGCUACCUAAUCUACGAAUUCGAGCACUUGGCCACAACAACAGGCGUACGAGUCCUCAUCAUCGAUCGACCAGGUUUUGGGGCUUCCACACCUGUAGAGUUGAGCAAAAGAGUAGAUGUAUUCUUAGAUGCUGUUACCGCUGUUCUCGAAAACUUGCGAGUCAAAACUGUAGCAUUGAUGUCUCAUUCUGCGGGAACAAUUUAUUUGGCGAAUGUUUUGAUUCGAUUGUCGCAGUUCUUGCAUCCUGAAUGGCCUUUUGCGGGUGUGAUGACACCAUGGAUACAUCCCAAGUUCUCAAAUGCAGGAUUAAUGCAAGUAGUCAAUAAACUACCAUCAUCUUGGAUAGGCAAAUACCAUCAUAUACAAUCCUUUGUAGCUGGAAGUAUCGCACCCAGUCUACAGCUUUCAUCCGCAAUGCUUGGAUUGAAAAGUUCUGGCUUGACGGAAACAGAGUCUGUCAAAUGGCAUGGCAUGGAUAAGCAAACUUGGGACCAAGUAAGCACUUUGCAGGGAAAGUGGUCCAGAUUGGAGGAUAUGAGUGGUAUUUCUGCAGAUUGCCUCUUCUGUCUGCAAGAAGAUGGGAAAGAUUGGGGUGAUUACGCAAACCUAUCCGAACUCAUCUCGACCUUGCAACAAACAUACCCAAAAGGUACCAGGCAAUUGACUAUGCAGGCAUACUUUGCAGAGACGGAUGUCAUAGUAGGAAAAGGGGGACAAAAGUACUUUGAAAGGUGCUGGAGGGAAGGCAACGCAGGGCAAGAGGUCAAGUUUCAGGCAAGAGUCGUAGAGGGCAGUGAUCAUGAUAACAUUCCUCUGGCGGAAAAGGGGUGUAUUGGGGAGAUGUUCAAGGAGAUCAAGAGGCUAAAUGGGUGAUCAUAGGGAUUUGAUGUCAUAUUCUCGUUGGAAUGGUCAAAUCACACUCUCAUCGUAUCUCCUUUAGUCUUCCAUAAGGUCUACAUUCACACUCCUCAGCGCAUCCACUAUCCAAGUGGGGUAUUUUGUCUUGUCUCCUGCGUGUAGCGUCAAGAAGUGUUGGCGUAAGAAGGCCGGAUACGUGUCUGCGAUGAUGGCCUCCCUGAUGCGUCGCAUGAGGU